GGCGGCCGCGUCAGAUUCGGCUCCCCCUUCCUCUGACCCCCCCGGCCCGGUGGCGCCCGCCUCCUCCGCGGCCACUCCGCCUCUUCCCUCCCGCCGUCCCUUCCUUCUCUCCCUCCUUCCUUCCUUCUCCCCCUCCUUGCCGUCGCCGCCCAGGACCGCCGGUCGGGGGACAAGCUCCAGGCAGCUGCCAGACAGCAUAACCCCUACUGUAGAGCUAAAUGCACUGUGCAUGAAACUUGGAAAAAAACCAAUGUAUAAGCCUGUUGACCCUUAUUCUCGGAUGCAAUCCACCUAUAACUACAACAUGAGAGGAGGUGCUUAUCCCCCAAGGUACUUUUACCCAUUUCCAGUACCACCCUUACUUUAUCAAGUUGAACUCUCUGUGGGAGGACAGCAAUUUAAUGGGAAAGGAAAGACAAGACAAGCUGCAAAACACGAUGCUGCUGCAAAAGCUCUGAGAAUCCUGCAGAAUGAGCCCCCGCCUGAGAGGCUGGAGGUGAAUGGAAGAGAAUCAGAGGAAGAAAAUCUCAAUAAAUCUGAAAUAAGUCAAGUGUUUGAGAUUGCACUUAAACGGAACUUGCCUGUGAAUUUUGAGUCUUUCCCUCUAAAACAGGUCGCCCGGGAGACUGGCCCACCCCACAUGAAGAGCUUUGUGACCAAGGUGUCCGUUGGGGAGUUUGUGAGGGAAGGUGAAGGGAAGAGCAAGAAGAUUUCAAAGAAAAACGCUGCUAUAGCUAUUCUUGAGGAGUUGAAGAAGUUACCACCCCUGCCUGUAGUUGAACGGGUGAAGCCCCGAAUCAAAAAGAAAACAAAACCCAUAGUCAGGGUACAGAGUGGCCCAGAACAUGGCCAGGUGAUGAACCCUAUUAGCAGACUGGCCCAGAUCCAGCAGGCGAAAAAGGAGAAGGAGCCGGAGUACAUGCUUCUCACAGAGCGAGGCCUCCCGCGCCGCAGGGAGUUUGUGAUGCAGGUAAAGGUUGGAAACCAUACUGCGGAGGGAACAGGCACCAAUAAGAAGGUGGCAAAACGCAACGCAGCUGAGAACAUGCUGGAGAUUCUUGGUUUCAAAGUCCCGCAGGCUCAGCCCACCAAACCAGCCCUCAAAUCAGAAGAGAAGACACCCAUAAAGAAACCAGGGGAUGGAAGAAAAGUAACCUUUUUUGAGCCUGUCUCUGGGGAUGAAAAUGGGACUAGCAAUAAAGAGGACGAGUUUAGGAUGCCUUAUCUUAGUCAUCAGCAGCUGCCUGCUGGAAUUCUUCCUAUGGUGCCCGAGGUUGCCCAGGCCGUAGGAGUCAGUCAAGGACAUCACACCAAAGAUUUUACCCGGGCAGCUCCGAAUCCUGCCAAGGCCACAGUAACUGCCAUGAUAGCCCGUGAAUUGUUGUAUGGGGGCACCUCGCCCACAGCUGAGACCAUUUUAAAGAAUAAUAUCUCUUCAGGCCACGUACCCCAUGGACCUCUCACAAGACCCUCUGAGCAGUUGGAUUAUCUUUCCAGAGUCCAGGGAUUCCAGGUUGAAUACAAAGACUUCCCCAAAAACAACAAGAACGAGUUUGUAUCUCUUAUCAAUUGCUCCUCUCAGCCACCUCUGAUCAGCCACGGUAUUGGAAAGGAUUUGGAGUCCUGCCAUGACAUGGCUGCACUGAAUAUUUUAAAGUUGCUGUCUGAGUUGGACCAACAAAGUACAGAGAUGCCAAGAACAGGAAAUGGACCAAUGUCUGUGUGUGGGAGGUGCUGAAUCCCUUCUGGCCAUGAACCAUUGUAAAAUCCCCAACAUAUACUGAAAAUACUGAAACUGCUUUGAAAAUUUGGAAUUUCUGAUACCUCCAGUGGGCCGAGAGACAUGAUGGGUAAAGAACUGGAGACAGCAGUGGUGACGAAGGCGGGAACGCAAGGAGGUGCCAUGGCUGUGCUCGUGUGCCAUGGUUUGUCCUCACACAGCAGCAGCUGCUGUAGGGGAAGGGAAGAUGGGGCCUGCCAAGCAGCCCUGGCUCAAUUGGAAACCAGCAGGUCUAUGCCCCGGGCACCUCAUUGCUUGGUUUUGAGGUGCAUUUUUGUUUGUAUUUUUUUGCUGUGUGAAAGAAGAAAAAGAAAGCAGAAAGCGCGACCCCUUCUCAUACUGGCUUACUCAAACACUUUGGGACAAAUCCUGGACACCCACGCCAGAGAGAGGCCUUGGACCAGCUGGCCCAGAGCUGAAAGCACCAGAGAAAAAUCAAAUGCUUCCUACUCAGCGCAAACUAACCUUUCUAGCGUGCUGGCCCAUCACCUCCUGUGGUACCUACACCAUCACCAUCACCACUGCUUUCUUUUCCAAAAGAGAUACAUAUUCUGUUUCAUUAUCUUCUUUCAAUUGAAAUGACACUAUAUAAAUUUUCAUUUGAGUUUCUCAGUUGUAUCUAGUUACAUAGCACAGUUUAGAAACUUUUCUGAGACUGACUUUAUCAAUAAUCUAACCGGCAAAGAUUAAAUCCAUGUGUACAUGGUUAUACAUUUUUAUUUUAUUGGACUAACCCAGGACCAUUUCAGUGAAGCAAAUUGUGUGCCCUCUGGUUUAGCUGAAACAGUCCUGGAUUUCUCAGAAAUCUUGAUGAAGUCUCCCACAGUUGUAUAAAUUGGACAAUUUAGGAAUUUUAAACUUUAAAUGAUCAUUUGGCUCCUUUGCUAUUUCAUUUUUAAUGCAACAGGACUUAAAUGAACUUUGAUCUUUGUUUUAAAGGUUAUUAAAAUUGUGUGUAUAUACAUAUGGCUCUUGAGGACACACAGCUUUCACUACACUACAGGAUACGAUCUCCAUGUAGUACAUAUAAAACUGCAGAUUGGUUUUCCCGAGUGCUUUACACUGUUGAUUACAUCUCCAUGUAGGGCUGAAAAGAAUGACCUACCUAUGUUUAUCUCUAAAACUGUUGCUUUUGAUGUUGUGUUACUGUGCACAGAAAUGUGUGCGGUAAGGUCCUCACAUGGUCCAGAUGGAAAGCACGGUAGCUUGCAAGUUAAGUACUGCUUUGAUUCAUUGUUUACGCUGGAAUUUUUCUUCCCAUGGAAUGUAAGUAAAACUUAGUGUUUGUCACCAAUAAAUGAUAAGACUAAAUUUUUUUUGUUAA